CCUGGAAAAUGGCGGGGACUACACGACUCUUCAGGUCCAGAUGGGCAUGCAAAACUGGACUUGGGAAAUUGAGACCCUGUCUUGUUUGCAUCCCUCAUGCUAUGCUACGGUUCUCUGGGGAGGCUUCUCUACAGGGACACCUGGAUUUAUUUAAAGCUCUACACUAUCCAAGAGGAAGAAGUUGCUUGCUCGGGGAUGCUGCCAAGACAGAGACUGUGAGGAAGGAAGAACAUUGCCUGAACAGAAGGUGUGCAUUCUCGGGAGACAGGGCCCCUGCCCACCACACCAAUCUCAGGCCCCUGGAAAGACCCUUACCUGCACCAGCCCAGCCUUCUAGGGAGAGAGCAGUCUCACAGAUUUUUGGGAGCCUUUCCCCAAGUCCUGACAGCUCCAUUCCCACAAGCAGCUAUGGAACAGUCUGCCCAAAAGAGUGGGACUUUUAUCAAGGAAGAUGUUUUUUCUUAUCCACUUCUGAAUUGUCUUGGAACAAAAGCAAGGACUUUUGUGAAAGAGAAGGUGCCACCUUGGCAAUUGUCGACACGCUAGAGAAACUGAAAUUUCUCCAAAGCAUAACAAGUGCUGAAAAGUAUUUUAUUGGCUUAAUAUAUCAGGAUGCAGAGAAGAAGUGGCGUUGGAUCAACAACUCUGCGUUCAAUGGCAAUGUUACCAAUUGGAACCAGAAUUUCAACUGUGUGACCAUUGGCCUAACAAAGACAUUUGACGCCGCAUUAUGCGAUACCAGCUACCGCAGUAUCUGCGAGAAGAAUGCCAAAUGAUCCCUGUCCUCUGUGACAAGAACAAAUACAAUUAUGGAAACAGCAAAAGAGAAUAUUUACAAUUGCAAAUGGUCUGAGAAAUACAGAACGUCAAAUUAUGUUGUCAGUCAGCCACAGAUUACUGGCAGAUGGAGGCAAACUCUCCAUUCUGAGCCAGCAAUUCCCCGAGACCACGUUUCCUGUGUGAGUCGCACCUGCAACUCUUUUUGGUCAUCUGGUCAAUGAUUCAUUUAUCUAUCUGUUCCCUAGUAGAGGCCUUUGCCUGUUUUGGAAAAUGCGCUUCAGUAUUCUGCUCUGGGGGACUGGAUGUUAGCUAUCUGCAGCAUACAGGGUCAGUUUUAUGGAGACAAGUCAAUUGAAACAGAGAUGAGGUCUGAUUCUACAGAACUGAGCAUUUCUGACUGAUCAACAGGGUUUAUCCUGUGGACAAAGUCUGUUUCAUUUUUAUCCCUUUAUCCUCAGAGCACAUGACCACACUACCAUGGAGAAACUGCAGAUUGAGCAGGUGUGAACAUUAUUUAGAAAGUAGCAUGACAGAAGAGGGAUAAACUCAGCUUCUAUGACCUCAUCUCUGUUCCUUAGAGAAUCCCCAUCCAUCUCUUACCUCACAUUUGGGAAAGCAGAGGUCUUCCUCAGUCUGAGUUGAGGCUAGGACUUGGGAAGGACUCCUGGUGCCAAGUGUGGAGCAGAGAGAACAUCAUUUAUGGAAAGGGAGAGGGUCUGGGCAGGACAGGAAUUUGCUCCGAGACCCUUUUGAAGAAAACCAGACAGCCAAGGGGACCAAACAAACUAGGUAUCUGUUCUUCAGCAAAGCCCUGAAGAGACACCAAGCUAAAAAUUUUUUUGUCCUAUUCUGAUACUCCAUGAUUGCAUAUAAAACAGCUUUGCAACCAAAAUUUGCAACAAAAGUUGAAUAACCAGACUCUCUUUGCUCUGCAUGUUUUGAGUACAUGACCGUAUUUGUUGAGUACAUUUUAAAAAUUUCCCUUCAGUUCUAGAGAGACCCUGCUACCAGGUGCAGCCUGCAGACCCCAAGAAGCCUUGCUCUUGUUGGUACCACAUUGACCCAGGACUAGUCCAGUUGACCAAGGAGUAGAACAAGGGGAGGAUGCUCAAGAAAGCAUUGAUUGGAGGCUAGGAGUAGGCACACAGUAGAAAAGGAACACCAGGGACAAAUGGAAAUCAUAGGAGAGAGGAGACAGGGAGUUCAUUUAGCCACAGUGGAGAAAGGUAAGAAAGAGGCAGGAAAGUCUUGGAGCAUGCUGGCUGCUCUCUCCACAUACAAGACAUCAGCCACAUGCCCUCCUCAGUACAUAAGAAAGGGAAAAGAGAUGCCUUAUAUGUUUUGAGUAACAAUAAUUAAACCAUAAGAGAAGACCAUGUAAAACUAAUGGAAAUUAUAUUCACCUAAGUGCUUACCCUUUUUGUCUAAUAGAAACAUACCACAGUAAUGAUUGUAUAUAACAUAUGUCUAUCAAACUAAAUUGUUAUAAAUUUUAUUUUUAUUACAACA